AUGAAGUUUUUUAAUUUACUUCCAUUAUUAGCUUUUCAAUUGAGGUUCAUAUCAUGUGAACAUUCCCAUCUUCUUAAUUCAAUAAAAGUAUUAGAAUUUAAUGAAAAAUCAGAAGAACAAUGUUUAACAGUUCCACAUCUUGAUAGUAAAACUAAAUUUGAUAUUGAAAUUGAAGGUAUUGAAAAAAAUCAAAUCAUGCCAAUUAAUGUUAAACAUAAUUCUGAACCAAUGUCAUUUGAUUUUGCCAAUGCAAAAGAUAGACAUGAAUUAGAACUGAACAUUCAUACCACUACUAUUUAUGAAGGUAUGUUUGAAGGAAAUGGUAAGAAAAUUAUCGAUAUUUAUAGACCAGGUAAUUAUUGUAUUACUUUUAAUAAUGAUUCUAAAUUUAUUGGAUCAUUUAAAGCUAAAGCUACAUUAAUUGAAGAAAUUUUCCCAAUUACAAUUAAAAAAGAAAUUAAAAAAGCUGCUAUUAAAUCAAUAGUUGGUAUUGUUGUUCUUGUUGGUAUUAUAUUCAAGUAUAACAUAAUGAGUGUUGAUGCUUUUAAAGAUUUAACUCCAGUUUGUCAAAGUUUAAUGCUGGUUUUAUUUGUUGAAAUUGCGUAUUUCAGUAUUAUGUUUUCAUUGGAACUGUAUUGUUCAUUGUUUCCUAGUGGUUAUGCUUAUUUGAUUGUUGAAAAUUAUCUUAAACGUGGUUUACAUAGUGUUCAAGAAUGUUGGAAAACUUAUGUCAUUGUUAUGAUUUAUUUUGGUAGUGGAUAUAAAAACUUGGGUUAUAAAGUACCUUCCAAUAUUCCAAUUGCCGGUAGAAUAUUUUUGGGUGUUCUUUUAACUUUUAUGUUGGUUAUAUUACCAAAUCAUUCAGUUAAAGUUGCUAAAAGAACAGUACUUAUUGAUGGUGAAGUUUCCGAUAAAUAUUUAAUGAUUUUCAAUAAUUCACCAUCUCCAUAUAAAUUCGUUAGAGCAACAAUGUCUGGUCUUAGAUUCAUUGGUAGUGGUUUACUUUUAUUGUGUAUCUCUGUUGUUCCUGUUAUUUAUGGUUAUAUUAUCUAUAGCCGUUUUGCUAAAAGUGGAGAAAUUGCUAAUGCUCAAUUAAUGAAAAAAACUUUGUUAUAUCAUGGUAUUGGUUAUACAAUCACUACUAUUAUUGUUGGCGAUUUCCAAUUUGUCAAAUUAUUUACUGAAUAUAUCCCAAUCGUAUUGUUGUGGUGGAUUUGGUAUUCUGAAAAACCACAUGUUGCCUUGAAGAACAAAUCUCAAGAUGUCGAAGACACUGAUGCUGCUGUUCCAUUACAACCAAUUAGCAUUUAG